AUGUCCAGUUUAUCUGCCCAGCUUAAUAAUAUCAGUCAGAAGACGGCUUCCAUUGCCUUGGAUCGUAAAUCUAGGUCGAAGAUCCACUCUCGGUCCUUGAUUUUCGAUCCAAAGACCGCAGCGGGCCAAGAUUUUGAUUUCAUCUAUUCCUACUGUUUACAAGGGUUUGAAGAAUUGUGUGAAUUGGACUCUCGAUUCCAAAAAUUUCUGGCUACUUUGUUCUCUGAAACUUCAAUGAAUACCGACCGUAAUGUUCAGACAAAAGAUGUCGUGGAUAGCUUAAACAAGAACAUAGAAGUCUUCUUAACGUUGGUGGGUCCAUAUUGGUUGUUGAAUCCUGCUGCAAGAGCAGUUGAAUGGUUAGUGAGGAGGUUUCACGCUAACAUACACAACGCUGAAAUGAUCUUGUUACUGGUACUCCCAUACUACAAGUCACCCAUCUUCGUUAGAUGUAUGAAUGUUAUCUCCAAGGGUAACGAUUUCCCAGCCAUCUUCCAGUGGCUCAGUGGAUACAGGGAACAGUUAAGGUCACCAACAUCGACCUCCCUCGUAAAGGCAUUCGUAAAUCAUGAAUUCUUCAAAUUCUACAACGCAUAUUUGGUAGAAAACUUGAAGAAUAGAACCGCAUACAAGGACCAAUUGGUCUUGUAUUUGUCUUGUACAGUUCAAGUAAUUGCCAGCUUCAGUAAGAGCUUAGCAAAGUUCCAAGAAGAUGGGUGGUUAAGUUUAAUCGUAGAGGGGGUUGGCCAAUUGUUAGUCAGCAGACAAGAGCAUCAGUUUAGUUUGGGUGUCGUUCACGACUGCAAAUUGACUGCCUACUCAAUCAUUUCAGUCUUAAGUAGUAUCGUCCCACUCUCUCAGGUUUUGAUUGAGUCGAUCACCAAAAGUAUAGUUAGUGACCCAAGGCUGUUUGAAAUUGGUUUGAAGAGACAAACAUUGAUCGUAUUGGGUCAAAUUUGGAGCCAAAGUUCAGCUAAGAAGGGGUUCCCUGCCUGUCACAAUGGAAUUGACAAGUACAGUCUUAAAGAAUUGAGCUUGGAAGGAUACAAAGUGAACAAGUUGAUCAUUCUGUUUGUUUUAAGUGACAACAACAAUAAGAAUGAUAACAAAUUGGAAUUGUUAGAGUUAAUUUCUAUAGAGAAUGAUAGCAUCUUCAGAGAGAUUGUUCAGUGGUUACUUCUUCAGAUUGCUACAAAUACCAACUUAACCGAUUCUGAUAGAAAGGUACUUGUCAGUCAAUUUCAAAAGUUGAUGAAUCAAAACUUAAACUUAUUGAAGACCUGUUUGAAUGAAUAUAAAUCAGGCUACAAAGUAAGUGAUUUAGAAAUGGCAUUGAUGGCUACUUUGGGUGGUAGUGUAGAUGAAUCUGAUGAUAUGGUCAUUGAUAUGGAUGAGGACGAAGUCGAAGACAUUGACGAGGAUGCGGUUGAAGGUCAGCAGGAUAACAAUGAAGUAAAUAGCAUUGCAUCUGCAUCAGUUGUGCCAACUGGUGAAUCAUUCUUCUGCAAUUCAUCUCCAUUUAAAUCGCACUUGACUGCCCUUCUUACCCAACUCUCCUCUCAACCACAAAAUAUUCACAGAGCAUCCAUUUCCAAGUUUUCCCAAUCAGGAUUUAAAUCAAUCGAACUGUCAAUUUCCUUUUACCUUCGGGUUGCAUUUACUCCAGCAGUUCCGUACAAUGUGAGACUUUUAUCGUUGAGAUUUAUUAAGUUAAGAUUGAAAGAGUUGAGUGCUCUUCACGCAUAUGACUUCUACCUUUUAAUUCCUUUGAUUUUGCUUGGUCUCUUCGACAAUAACAAAAACAUUAGAGCAUAUUUUGUUGAAAUUUUGAAGGUUGUUCAAAGUGUUAGCUUAGAAAAGAACAAAAAGACCACUUUGUUCAUGGAGGAAGUGAUUUACAACGAAGUUGCUGAGCUGAAGAGAGCAAUAAUCAGUCCAGCGGACGCUUUGAAAAUGCUUGAUUUAUUGAACGACGACAUCAUCAAGGAUGUUAUCUUAGAUUCGAAUCAAUUACAUCAUAUCUUGGACGAAAUCAUCUAUAAACCAAAGGCUGGUAAGAAGUUUGGACAACUUUUUAAAACAUUUAUCUUGACACAAUGGGGAUUGGAUUUGCACGUUGUCUUCAAGGAUAGAUCCUGGAAGUUGUCAGAUGAUUGCAAGUAUUUCUUCGACAACGACUUUGCCAAGUAUCAACAGGAUAGAGACAGUAUACUUGAAAAUAUUAGAAAUGCCGGCUUAUCAAUUGAAUCAGUUGAGCAUGGUUUAUUUGACCUUGUAGGCAAGGGAAUUUCUACUGCAGAAUUCAGUACUAAGUCAGUCAAUUGGCUCGUCAAUGCGCUUUCCUUCGAUAAUGCAAUGCAGGUAUUGGCUGAUGCGAAAUGCAUUCAAGUCUUCGAAGACAUUAAGUCCUUAGAUCUUAAAUUGAAAAUCGUUUGUAAAUAUAUCGACAUGCUUGUUAAUGAAGAUUCAUUGGAAAUUGACCCCAUGGAUUCGUUACAGUCGCUUACAUACGAUUUUGAUUUAGUGCUUGCCAUUUUGAAAAUAGUUCAGAUCAGCACCCAAAUUCCAGAACAAGGAGUUCCAAAACGUAGGCGUAGAUCUUCAUCUUCGACAAAGCAAGCCAUGGCUAGAGAUGAUAUUAAUAACAUGGCUUCCAUUCACUUGAAGAAGUUGACUAUCGUAUUGGAUUUAUUAGAAACUGUCUUAAAACAACAAGAACAAAACGAAGAAGAAGGUAAUAAUAUUUCUGCUCCUGCCCUUCUUCAAUCACUUUUUAAGUCAUUAACUGACUUGGAUUACUUAGGGAAUGACGGAAACUUACCAGUUUUGUACGCACAAGAAACUUUGGCCAGGUGUAUGCUGUUAUCAAUCGUACAAAUGAAGAGGAAGGGAAAAUCACAUUCAUUCGAUUCCAACUCAGUGAGAGCAGACUUAAUUGUCAAUUGUAUUAGGUCAAGUCAAUCACCACAGGUUCAAAAUAGACUUCUUUUGGUCAUCGCAGAAUUGGCUUCAUUGGCCCCUGAAAUUAUUUUGCAUUCAGUAAUGCCAAUCUUCACAUUCAUGGGUGCUCACACCAUCAGACAAGAUGAUGAGUUCCUGAACUCUGUUUUGCAGCAAACAAUUUCGAAGGUCAUUCCAGCAAUUGCUGCCAAUGGCAGUUCCAGUUUGAGUAAUGAAAUAGAAUUUCUUUUAACUAGUUUUGCCGCUGCUUUUCAACACAUUCCAAGACAUCGUAGAGUUAAGCUUUUCACCACAUUGGCAAAAACUUUAGGAUAUGAUAAGCUGCUUGACAUAAUCUUAUUUUUGAUGGGUCAACAAUACUCCAAAAAUGGAUCUGUUUCAGUUAUUGAAUUUUCUCAAACUCUUUUAAAGCAAUUUAGUGCUAGAGAGCAAUUGACUUGUUUGACUAAAUAUUUUAAGUUAUGGAGUUUAAUUCCUGAUCAACCAUUGGAGAGUGGAUCAGAAAAGUUCAAUGAAUUGAGUAGUAGAUCAAUUUUUGGUGUACAGAUAUUAUCGUUAUCUAAAUCAGGAUUGGUCCAAUUGAAAUCAUCUUUGUUAAAAUUUAUUGAUGAAUUAUUAGUAAAGCAAGAAUUUGAAGACUUCUCCGACUUGAAAUUGAAGGUUGCAUUCAAAUUGAAAGACGAAGGAGCAGCUGCUAACACACUUUUAGAACCAUUUAGAGACUCAGUGUCAUUCUUAUUAACUUCGCUCGAGCAAUAUAACAAUGAGGAAACUGGUGCUACCAAGUUAUUGCCUUACUUGUAUAAGCUUCUUUCGGACAUGUUAGAUUUGUUGCCAAUAAGUUACUUUAUCGAUUCUAUUAUUGAACCAUUAAAUGAAUCUCAAUCUGGAAGUCUAGUUUCUAUCAGAAUAGCAAGAAAUUUGUGUAUUUUGGCUGGAACUAAGAUCGAAACUGAAUUAAAUAGCAACAACAUUGAUAGUGACGUUGAGGGAGCAAUUCUUGAUAGAUUAUUGCCGGCAUUAAUUGCCAACAUUAAUGCAAGUACCACCGUGGUAGACAUUGAGUUGCAACAGGCAUUGUUGGGUACUUUCUCAACGGUUAUUGAGAAGAUGGGCUCUUCUAGCGAGAAGUUGGGAGAACCUAAGUAUUCUAGAAUUGUAAUUGAUUCCUUGAAGUUUAUCACUAGUGAAAAGGGAUUAUUGAACUCUACGCCAGAAGUAAUAAUCCUGUCUAUCAAUGCUAUUUCCAGUAUUGUGAAUGUAUUGGGAGUUAAAGUGAUUGGAUUUUUCCCUAAGAUUAUUCCUCCAGUACUUGCUAUUUGGAAAAAGACAGAGGUAGAUAAUGAAGUUGCAGAUUCAGAUUCAUUUGCUCUUUUGCAAACAUCCAUUCUCGUUCUCUUCUCUUGCUUUAUCAAGAAAAUGCCUGCCUUUAUGAACUCAACAUUAGAUUCGACACUUCUCACCAUUCUCAACUCAAACUUAGUUGAUACGUCCAUUAGGUCAAAUGUUCUUCAAAUUAUCAUUCAACAAAUGGACGAGCAGCACAUUCUUAAGACUUUGUGCAAGAUUUGGAAUGAAGGUUUCCGUUCAAACGGCGAUGUUGCAAACUUGGGACUUUACAUCAAUACGAUGCAACUUACAAUUGACUCAAUGGAAAAGAAGACUGCCACCUCACAGGCUACUACAUUUGUGAAAUGGCUCAUUUCAGCUUUUGAGUUUAGAGAAGAGGCCGAAAAUAAGCUUGAUAAUAACACUAUUCGCAGAUUGGAGAGUUCUUUCCAUUCAUGUGGUAUUAGUUAUGUUAUGAAAUUGAACGAUAAGGCAUUUAGACCAUUAUUUGCACAAAUUGUUAGAUGGGCCACCACUGGAGAAGGAUCUUCAUUAGAUUCAAGUUCGGCUAAUACUCGCUUACUUGCAUUCUUCAAGUUUUUCAAUAAGCUUCAGGAACAAUUGAAGUCAAUUGUCACAUCUUAUUACACUUACCUUAUCGAUCCAGUAGCCGUUUUAUUACAAGACUUUGCCUCAUUGAAUUUGACUGAUAUCAACUUACGUCGUGUUGUGUUGAAUUCUCUUACUUCAUCUUUCAAGUACGAUCAAGAUGAUUUCUGGUCCACUCAACUGAGAUUUGAGACUAUAUUUGAACCGCUUUUAUCUCAAUUAUACAAUAUUGAAGAUAGCAUUGGUAAGUACAUCGUAAAGGCGAUUACUUCCUUUAUUGUCAAUGUUUCCUCCGAUGAGUACAAUGAGAAGUUAGUUCAUGGUAUGAUCAGCAGAAUCUCCAACGAUAAUGAUCAAGUGAAUUCACAAUGCAAGAUCUGGAGUAUCAGAACAUUAAAGUCCAUUUUCCAAAAGAUGGGUGACCAAUGGUUGACAUACUUGCCUACUUUAAUUCCAUAUAUCGCAGAGUUAUUAGAAGACGAUGACGAGGAAGUAGAAUUGGAAGUUAGAAAGGGACUUGUUAGAGUCAUUGAGAAUGUUUUAGGUGAGCCAUUAGAUAGAUAUCUUGAUUGA